GGGUAGCUAGCUUACUGUUUGGACGCCACGACCAGCCUGACGGCCAACCGCGCGAUCGUGGAUAAGUCUCCAUAAUAUUUGAACACAGACAUGCAUUAUGGCACACGUUCAUACAUGUCGCCACAGGCGCUGGUGCUUUUCCUUGUUUGUUUUGCGUCUUGUGAAGCGCUCGAUCUUAACGGUACUGGGGCAAACAGUCCUUAUAUAAUAUGGAAUAGCCUUGAAGCGCUGCUGGAUGCCACUCGGUCGCCCACCGAUGCCCAAGCCGAAAACGUUCUUCCCCCAGGAGUUCCUAACUGGCGAUUGGGCGUCGCCGCUGUUCAACUUGCAGCCAGGCGCCUCCCUGUCCCUGUCGCGCCUGGUGGUUCGGCUCCCGCCGCUGCCCGCGUCCUGGCCCCCCUCUGUGUCGUCGCUGCUGUCGCUGUUGGUCUCGCCCGCCAGCAGCAACCACUCGGCGGCGGCGGCGCUGGAUCAGGUGACGCUAGUGGCGGCUAGCUGCAGUGAGCUGGUAGCUGUGACCAAGGGGCUGUGUGUGGCGGCGGCAUGGCAGCACACCUCUCAGCUGCAGGUGCUGCGUGGGGAGGUGCGCUACAGCGGCAACGCCUCCGUGCCGCUGCUGCCCCGGGUGCUACUGCCGGGCGCCGCCCCACCACGCGGCAGUAGCAGCACACAGCUCACGGGGGCGGCCUACGUGGCGGCACUGGCGCUGGCGCCCCAAGUGCUGCUGCACCAGGUCGUGAUCACGUGCGACAGCAGUAGCAGCAGCAGCAGUGAUGGCAGUAGCAGCAGUGAUGGCAGCAGCAGCAGUGAUAGCGGUAGCAGUAGCGGCCCGCCCGGCCCCUGGCCCUGUAGCGCGGCGGCCGUGUCUGACUCGGCGUCGCUGCGGGCGGUGGCGCGCCAGCUGCUGUCGGAGACGUCCGACUCAGUGCUCCUGUCACUGGCGCCGCCGCUGACACCUGAUGAUGCGGGUGCUUCCACUGAUGCUGCUGCUGUGUCGGGAGGAGAAGGCAGUAGCAGCAGCGGCGAGGCCUCUUCAGCCGCAGGGGUGCUGAAGCUCGAUCCUGCCGACUGGGAGACGGCAUUACGGAUUCCGCCUGCCAUCACGUUGAUCUUGUUCGGCCGGCCGGCGCCAAGCCCCCAGCAGCUGUCACAGCAGCAGCUGGAGGCUGAUGAAACGUCGGUGCUGGCGGGCGGAGGGACACAGCUGGACGUGAACGGCAUUGAGUCGGCUUUUUUCGUGACGGCGGAGAACCAGGCGGGCGGGCUGCAGCUGUACGACGUAACGCUCACGGGACUGCCGUACCCGGCCGCCAUCGACGGCUCCCAGUCGCUGCUGUCAGCCUGGAUGCACUUUGCGUACCUGGACGACCCGCCCCCCGCCCUGCUGGGUGCCCCCACUGCGCUGCCGCUGCUCACCUGCGUGCGCUGCCGGCUGGUGGUGCCGGACGCCGAGGCGGCCUGGUGGGCAGCGGCCGCCGUGUGCCGCACCGCCAGCCCCGUCCCGCCGGCGGCGACCUGGGGACCCCGGGUUGCCGACGCCGAUGCGCCGUGCUGGUGGUCACUCCUGCCGAGCUCUUGGAGGCUGACUGUCAGCGGCGGUGGCGAUGUGGCAAUUGGGUACCUGACUACCGGAUAUGGCGGCACUGGCAGUAGCACGAGCAACAGCACUAGCAGCAACAGCAGUAGCAGCGAGGCGACUGGGGCUGUAGCACCCGCCGACGCGUGGCGGGGUGUGCAGCAGGCGCGUGUUGUGUGGCUGUCAUUCGGGGCGGAUGGCAACCCGGGCCGCAGCGCACGUGCACUCAUGGACAGCGCAGUAGUGCCGCACCGUGUGUGGCGGCUGUGGCGCCAGCAGCAACAGCAGCAGCAGGAGCAGCAGCAGGGAGACGAGGGCACGGCUGGAGAAUCAACGGCAGCAGCAGCAUCGGCAUGGCAGGACGACGCGCCGUCGCCGGUGUGGCCGCUGUGUGCGGAUGACAUGGCAUAUGGCGGCUGUGGCAGCUUGGCAGACGCGGCGCAGACCCAGCUCGGACGCAUCGCGGCGCAAUGGGACGACAGCCGGAUGGCCAUGGCCCUCAUGCAGCUCAACCCCAACUCUGGAGCCACCGAGCUCAUCGUGCCCGCCACCAUGCACGACGCAGCGCUGUACGUUCCUGCAGAUGCCUUUGUCAGCAGGGUCAACCGCUCCUCACUCGACGGGUCCGCGGGACCGGCUUCGCAGCUGCUUCCGUCGUCGGGUGUGAUAGAGGUGCCGAGGGUGUUGGCGCCGGCGUUUGUGCUCGCGAUCGAGCAGCCGGAGGACGUGUACUCGGUGGCCCCUAACACGAGUGUGACGCUGCGCGCGCCGCCGCCGUCUCAGACCCCGGCCACGUUGCUGUACUGGGACCUGCGUGCGGCGGCCGGGCAGGUGGUGGUGCCGGCAGGCUCGGCUCUGAACCUCCGUGACAUGACACUCUACAACCUCUACCCAGCCGCCACCGCCUACGAGCCUACAAGCGGGGACGUAGCCUCUGCCCCGGAGAGCGGCGUUGCAGCAGCGGCUGCAGCUGCGAGCGCUGACGGGGAUGCCUUGCCGCCGCCGCCGCCGGAGCCACUGCAGUUCCUGACGCUUCCGCUGUGGGCGUUUCAGUACGAACGCGGCAGCGGCGGCGGUGGUGCGGGUGAUGUGGGUUCAGGCGCAGCAGCAGCGGCGGCCCUGUCCCUGCGCAAUGUGACUCUGGUGGUGCCGGCGGAAGAGCUGCAGCUGCUGCAAGCGGCGCUGCGGCAGUUGGGCAAGCUGCCACCUGCAGCGUCAUCGUCGGAGGCGGCAGAUGCACCGCCGUCGGCAGCAGAGUCUGGGACUGGGAGUGAGGCAGACGGAACAGCCCCCAGCCAGGCUGACGGCUUGAGUGGCGGUGGUGGCGGCAGGCGGCAGGCGCAGGAGGUGGCUGCUGCUGUGGCGGCUACUGCGGCCUCGACGGAGGGCGCCCCGGCGGAUGACUGCGUGUCAGACCAGCUCCUUACCCAACUCGGGGGUGUUGUGGAGGCGAUUGAUUUCGGCGAUGCGGCCACACCCAUGCUAUGGUUUCCGCGCCUGACUGUUUUUGGCUGGACCGCUACCUACCUGACCCUCACCUCGCUCACACCGCCGGGCGCGCCCACACGCCGCUUCGCCACAAGCGACCAAACCCUGGCUGCAAUCACAGAAUUGAGGGUGCCAUGCCCCUCACCGCCUCAGCCGCCGUCACCGCCGCCGUCGCCACCGUCGCCACCGUCGCCGCCUCAGCCGUCAGCGCCGCUGUCACCGCAGCAACAGGCAGUUGACACCACCACAAACACCACCACCAACACCACCAACACCAACACCACCGCCGCCGGCACUCCUGGAAGCAGCCCGAGCACAACCAACAACAGCACUGCCCCUGAUGCAGCUUCCAGCAGCAGCAACGCAACAGCUGCUGGGGGCGAGUCGUCGCACCAGCAGCAGCAGCAGCAGCCGCCAAGUGCCGCUGCCGUGCCUGGAUCUGACCUCGCCGCUGAGAGCAGUAGCAGUAGCGGCAGCGGCCGUAACCGCAGUAGCAGUAGCAGUAGCGGUAGCGGCAGUAACAGCAGUAGCAGUGGCGCCAGCGCUGGAACAGGUGCUGCCACGGAUGGAGGUAGCAGCGGCAGCGCGGCGUGGGUGCCUGUGGUUGCGGCUGUGGUGCCGGUGGUGGUGUGCUUGGCGUUGACCGCAACAGCCGCCGCACUCUUCAUGCUAGCCCGCAAACGGCGGCGGCAGCAGCAACGCGGACAGCAGCAGUCCCUGACCCCACAUAGCGGCAAGGCGGGUCAGGAGGAGUGCGGCAGUAGCAGCGACCGGGACAGGAGCAGGAGCAGCAGCAGCGGUGGGAGCAACGGGUGGGCACUGCUGGUUCCUGGCAGCAUACGAGGCUUCUUUGGCAGCAUUGUGGGCCGCGGCGGCACGCCACAAAUCCAGAUCCAAAUCCAAAGCCAGCCCGCCGCCGGGAUCUGCAAGCAUCAGCGCUCGUCCUCAUCCUUGAGUGUCACCCCACGCGACGGUGCACCCCUGCCAGGGGCGGAGGGAGCCUCAAGCACGGCAGCGCCCAUCAUCACGGUGGGAGCGGCGGCAGCUGCAGCCUUGCACCUUCAUGCUAGCCCCGCACCAGCGGUGGGCCAACUGCACGCGCUGCCGGGUACGGGAGGCGGCGGCAGCGCUGGGAUCGCUGGGACGCCGCAGCCGGUGACUGCUGGGGCGGCGCCUGCAAUGGCAGCGGCUGCCUCUGCAGCAGCUGCAGCAGGCGGGCCAGCAGCUGCAGUUGUCCUGAGCUGCCCCACAACAGCCGCAGGGUGCGGCGGAGGUGGGGCGCCCACCGACGAUGGCUCCGGACAGCUGCCGCUGCCUCCGACGCCCACUCGUGCCGACCUCACAGAAUGCAUGCAAAGCUACACCGCCUCCCGGCGGCUGGGCGCCACAGCAGCGGGACUGGCAGGCUUGGCAAUCGCAGGCUCCGAGCGAUCCGGAGCUGCAGCACUUCCGGGUAGUGCGGCUACUGCCGCUACUGCCGCUACUGCCGCUACUGCCGCUACUACCGCUACUGCCGCUACUGCCGCAAUUGUCACUGGGGCCGCCCUGGAAUCGGCACCCCGGCUGCCACUCUCUCGCUUCUGUCGCCGUGGGAGCGCGGCCGCAUUCGCUGCGGCGGCAGCUCAUGCAGGUGCGCCGGCGCCAGCAGCAGCCGACAGGCAAGCAGCGCACCAGGAGUCGCCAGCAGGCCCCACGGGCCCUGGUGUUGCCUCAAAAUCCGGCGAGGCGUGUGUGGGGCCUGUUGUCGGCGGCGGCGAUGCUUUGCCGCCGCCAGAGCAGUCGCUGCCGGCGGCCCUGAUGCUGGCUCAGUGCGAGCUACGGCGGGAGCUUGGGUCGGACGGGGAGGAAGUGCGGCUGCUGCGUGUGCUGGGCAUGGGCGGAGCGGGCGUCGUGUACCUAGGCUGGUGGGGCGGUCUGCAGGUUGCGGUCAAGGUGGUUGUGCUGUCCGACCCUGAAGAGCUCAUCCCCUGGGGCGACACAGCUGCUGCUGUGGAGGCGGCACGCGCGGAUUCAGGCGGGGCUGCUGGUGGGGGCGAUCUAAUGUCCAUUGAGCCCCCAGCUGGGCUUGGGAAAGGCUCGGACGUCGACGACAGCGGCGGCAGCGCUGACGGUGGCGGCGGCGGCGGCGCCCGGCGGCGCGCGAUGCUUGAGGCCGCCAUCUCCGCCGCCCUGUGUGGCCACCCCAACAUCGUGGCCACCUACGCCUACGACGUGCAGGGCCUCACUGCGGCUACUGCCGGAUCCACCACCGCAGCGGCAGCUACUGCCGAUGCUGGCGUCAAUCCUGCUACUGCUGCCGCUGCUAUCGCCAGGGCUCCUAGCCCGGCGGCGGUGUCAGCGGCGGCGCUGGACGGCGACAGCAGCCGGGCCGACGGCGGUGCGGCGGCUCCCGAGGCCCAGCGCCUGCUGCUGAUCCAGGAGCUGUGUGAGGGCGGCAGUCUGAGAGAGGCGUUAGGCACGGGCUGCGUGCCGGGUUUGGCACGCGGCGGCGCCGCCGAGCUCAGCGCCCUGACCCUCGCGCUGGACGCGGCACGCGGCCUCAUGGCCGUUCACGCACGCGGCAUCGUACACGGCGACGUCAGCUCGUCCAAUGUACUGCUGCAGCGCUGUGAGGCGGUACACCCGCCGGCGUGGGCAGCCGCCAGCGCUGGUCAGGGCGCAACCGCCAUGACCAACGGCGGCGCUGCUGACUCGCACAGUGGUCGCACAGUGGGCUAUGGCAGGGGAGCCACAGACGAAAUUGUCAUGGUGGGAAUAGCGCAGAAGCACGCGGCAGCCGCCUAUGCGGCGUCAUCUAGCGUGCCGGGCUCAGCACGGCCGAGCAACUGCGGCGCCCCCGCCGCCGGUAACAACAUGCGGGCCAGUGACUGCGGGUGGGCAGCAUCCCCCUCGCUGGUGCCAGCCCCCACCUCGGGGUCCGCAACGCCGCAACCACACAGCACGAGUCUGCGUGCCAGUGGCAGCGGCGCGCGCGGCGGAGCCGCAUCCGACACCUCGGCCUUCGUGGCGCCUGUGGCAGCGGCGGUAGAGGCUGUAGCAGCGCAGCUGGACUCGUGCCGUGUGCUUGCGGGCCGCUGGCGUCCGCCCCUGGUGGCCAAGGUGGCGGACUUUGGUCUCAGCUGCCGCCUGCGCAACGCCAGCCAGACGCACGUCAGCGGCGCGACACAGGGCACGCCCUACUUCCAAGCGCCGGAGCUGGUGUCUUCGGGCCGCGGCGGCAAGGCAGCCGAUGUGUUCGCUUUCGGGGUGCUCCUGCUGGAGCUCAUCUACGGUACCGGCGCGGCGGCGGCCCUCAACCGAAUGGCGGCGGUGGCAGCUGCAGCCGCAGCCGCCUCUCCUGCCCCUGCAGCAGCAGGCUCUGUUGCUGGGGCUGCGGCUGCUGCUGCCGUGUUUGGCAACGCGAGGCCCAUGUCUAUUCGUCACAUGGGCGUGGCACCUGCAGCGCCCAGCAAGUCCGAGUCACCGAAGCAGCCGCAGCCGCAGCAGCCUAGCCCAACUGCCGCCGCCACUGCCGCCGCCAGCCGCGGCGGCGGCAGUGAGGUCACGCUCAUUGGCGGGCAGCGUGUGACGGUGGCGCUGCCUCCCAACGCGCCUGCUCGGCUGAGGCGACUGGUGUGCACGUGUCUGUCCCUGGACCCCAAGCGCCGGCCCAGCAUGCCACAGGUGGUGUGCGAGCUGACUGCCAUCCUGGACGCCGCACACGAGGUGCACGACGAGCAGCAGGAGCAGCGGGAGUUGUGGGAACUGCGACAGCGGCAGCAGCAGCAGGCGCGGCAGGGGCGGCUGUAGCAGGUGGAUACAGGAGGGGCUGCAGAUACCAGCCCAAACUAUUCCGAAUUCAAUGCAGAAGAGCGAGGAGGAGAGCGCAGGGCGGGGGUGGCUGUAGCAGUCGGGGGGCCUAUCGCAGUGGCUGUAGCAGCUGGUGCUGGGGGAGGCUGUAGCUAAGUACAUCCACCCGACCAUGUCAUGCGGCUCACGAAUCAUCACCACCUAGGCCCGCAGGGUGCCGCAUCCGGCUCUCCACACCUGACUGCCAACGCGCACGUGCAUUGAUCAGAUGACAGCCACGCUUUUAGGGUAGGUAUGCUGGUUAGGGCUUGGUGAUCGGAGGGCUGUGCCGAUGCUGAAGAUUUACCUUUGGACUACAUUGUACGUUGCUUAAUCUUGUAUCUGGUUGGGGGAGGCUAGAAAUUGGGUUGAGGAGGCUUUUUUGCACGUGGUCGGGCAGGUGCGGGGGGGGGCUUCAUGUGUCGUCGUAUUGAUCGGGGGCUGUGGGGGCAACUUCAUGGUGGUCAUUUGCGGUAUUGUAGAAGACCUCGUAGCAUUGCACGAUGCCGUGAAAUCGAGUAUAUGAACAAUGAUGGGCUCUGGCGGGUGGGACGUGUACAGAUGUGGCAGGGGCCAGUGCGUGGGCUGG